AUGCUGGCGUCCUCGCUACACACCGCGGCAGCAGCAGCAGCAGCAGCAGCAACGGUGACGCGCUUCGUUACGCAUAGCAGCAACCUCAGCAGCAGAGUCACUGGCAGCGGCGCGUGUGAGCCAUGUUCUGCACCACGCGCCUGUCCUAGGGAAAGAGCGAUGCAGCACGCCCUCGUGCACGUCUUGCAGCGAGAGCGGGUGCGAGCGCUCAUCGCCCGCGCCUUGCACUUGUGGCACCUGCACUGCGCACUCCGGCAGCACGGACGGCGACAUGGCGAUAGAGAAACCGCCGCUGGAGUGGAGGGCCGGCGAGAGACGCCGUCAGCAUCGUCGACAGCGAAGGGGCACGCCUUCUACCGCAGCCGUCACGUCGGUGAACCUUACCUGUGCUCCGUCCAGACGCUGCGAUCGCCGGCGGCCCCAGCAGCAGUGCUCAGCGUCACUGCAUGGCUAACAGAGGCAGCCAGACCGUCGGCAUCCCGGCUGGCGUGGACCCCUCUCGGUGGCGUCGGCAUCGGCGUGCUCUGCGACGGCAUCGCCACCGACGAAGGCACCGCCUACGUCGAUGCCAACGACGAGGAGGAGCUGCACGACGUGGACGACGACGCAGAGGUGCCACGACGCACAGAGCUGCACCGGUGCCAACAGCAACGGCAUCACCGCGGCCGCCGUUGCACCGACGACAACUCCAGCCUGUCGGAUGCGGAUGCCUACGUGGACGGCACUUACAACCGUGUCGACAACCCAGGCACCUCGGCGCGGCCGCUGGUGCCAGCGAGCCGCAGCAGCGUCGCCCCCGUAAUCGGCGCCGCAUCCCGGGUCACCAGCAUUGUCCCCCCGCUCUCGGCGCUGAGCAACGCGUCGCAAAGUCAGUCGCCGGCUCGCGACAUGUCGUUCACGCCGGUGAGAUGGUCGAUGAGUUGUCCGUUCCAGACACUGCUGCAGCCGCAGCCGCAAGACGGGCUGUGCAGCCCAUCCUUCCCCCACACGCCAGUGACGGCGUCCGUGCGAGAGACCAGAACCGCCGACGGCGCCGGGGUCUCCCUUUCCGUCGGCUCUGCAGCGCCCGCCGGAGCAGGAGCCGGGUCGCCAAGGAGCGCGGGCGCCACAGGAGCCACCGUGACCGCGGAAGUGGCAGCGGAGCGGCGGAAGCGCAUGGUGCAGCAUCUCCUCUCCAGCGGUGUCGGUGGCGGUUCAACGUCGAGCUUCGAUGACUCGUGCUCCCGACUGCAAUCGUGCUCGCAGUCGGACAGGGAGGCGAUCGCUGCGCAAGGCGGCCCCCCCUUGUGUCUGCGCCGCCCACGCAGCGGCUCUGGCGGAGGAGCGGGACUCAUCGCGAGCGACUCGGAAGACCGCAGCAUCUCAUCGCUGAUAAACACGCCGCGGAGCCACCAGACGGACGCUGCCAGCAGCUUCAGCAGUGCUUGGGGGCCGUUGAAAGACAGUGACUCCAUGCACAGCGACAGCACGUCGCCGAUGCCGACGGUCACAGCAACGACGGUUCCUCAGCUGCUGACGCGCGAGGCGGAAGACCGGCUGGCGGUGCAGGCAACAGAGGAGCGACGGCGCCUCCGCCUCCAGCACGGCAUGACUGUCGUUAUGGAUCGGCUGAUGAUGGCGGCGCUGCAUCAUCGAUCGGGUGAGCGCGGCUUGCACCCCUCGCUGCGCACCUCCACCGCACCAUCGCCGCUGCCUUUCGAGAUCAACGACGGUUGUGGCAUCGACUUCCUGUGCGCCUGCACGACGGAGACGCAGAACGAAAGCACCACGUGGGGUAGCGCGGGGGCCAUCGAACCAGCAGCAUCAGCUCCCAAGCCCCGGUCCUCCUCGCCAUCUCCAGUCCGGCAGGCCGCCACAUCUCGGAGAACGCAGCGGUGA